AUGGGCACCACUGUUGUCGGUGAGAAAACUUUGGAACUUCUCCGAACUCGUCUUUUGGACGCAGUUAGGAAGGAAGCAGCGGCACUCGUGGCGGACAAUUUUGGGAGCCCCGAAGAUAUUGAUAGGAACUUCAAGUCCCUGUUCCAGGCAGAGCUGGGUCCCCACGAGAUCGCCAGUCCGGAUCGAACCACACUCUGCAACGACAAAGGCAACGCCUAUGAUGUGGUUGCGCAUAAUCCAAUCAGCUGUCUAGCUCCGAAAAGAGCCGAUGACCUCACCCAGUCCUCUUAUGACAAUCUCGUCGGUGUUUGGAGGGUGUUAGAAUACAGCAUGCUCGACACAUCGAAUCGAAACGAGAAGAUUCAUCCAUGGGGAACCGUUCUCGACGGGCAGAUCAUCUUUUCUCAAGAUGGAUACGUGAAUGCCCUUGUUACGAUCCCAGGACAGGCUCCAUUUGGAGGGGAUGUGCCCUGGACUGCAGGCACGGCAGCUGAACUAGCAGAAUCAGCAAAGAGAUCUUGUUCCUACAGUGGGAAGUUCUUUGUUGAAAGGACACCCAUUGGACCAACCCUGGUUUACGACCUUGAGCUUUGCAAUUACCCUGUUUUUCGUGGACAAAAGUUCCGAGUGUUCCUCGACUUUGUGAAGAAGGACAACCAGCAAUUCCUCGUCACGACAUUGACAUCCAAUGAUUCAACGAGGCAGAAGCAGGAGGUUUUCCGCAAGAUGUAA